UUAAGUUUUGGUGAUCAAAUACUAGACAGUGCAUUUGGCGGAGGUUUACUGACAGGCUCUAUCAAUGAGCUAUUUGGACCAGCAUCAGCUGGGAAAACACAGUUGGCAUUACAGCUCUCACUGCAGGUGCAAAUGCCGUUUUCAAUGGGAGGCCUUGAUGGA